CCUUGUAUUAUUUUGCUUAUGUGCACCGCAGUCCUGUCCGCCUUUAGUGCUUACUACCCUGCUUAAUUGUGGAAUUUUCCCUUUAAAUUAAGCAAGCAACCCGCAGUGAGGGGGUAAGUGGCAAGCGUCCCAAAAGCUCUGGAACGCUAACCCAGCAGAAGGCUUAUCGAACAAACCUGCAGGUGGCAAGCAUGUCCGGGUCGGUACCGUUCUACCGCAAGCACCAACGCAGCUUGAACCGGGACUACCGGUAUCAGUCGGGCAGCGGGUACUCCGCUGGGACCAGCGGGACCACCAGAACCAGGGGCCUCGAUUGGUCCUCACAAUCCACAUUGGACCCACUGCCCAAGAGAACCAAGCCCUCCUAUCUGGCCGUGGACAGAGACAACCAAAUCAUUGGCUACGUGGUGCCCAUCUUCAGGAACAGUCAAGAGUUUGCGGCGGGAUAUUCAGAAAAGUCGAAACUGCGAAAUACAGCUGCCUACAUGGAAAGCCGCGAUACGUUCACCAGCGGCCUGGAGAUGGAACGGUCGGAGCAGAUCUCUAGGAAGGAAACCAUGCGCGAGUCGGCCACGCGGAUCUCCUUCAAUAAAACGAUCCACGAGCACGAGGAGCACUUCAAGCGCAUGAACGAAGAUGGCCUGAUGCACGCCCCGGAGUUUGUCAUUAAGCCUCGCUCGCACACCGUUUGGGAGAAGCAAUGCGUUAGGCUGCACUGUACCAUCAAUGGCUGGCCAGACCCCCGGGUUGUCUGGUACAAAAAUAAUGUGGCCAUCGACCCCCUUGCCAACGUCGGGAAGUACAAAAUUGAGAGCAAAUACAGUGUGCAUUCACUGGAGAUCAACAGGUGCGAUUUUGAGGACACAGCCCAGUAUCGUGUCUCAGCCAUGAAUGUCAAGGGGGAGGUGUCUGCCUAUGCCUCAGUUGUUGUAAAAAGGUUUAAAGGCGAAGUUGACGAGUUCCUGCCUGCGCCAAGACGGAGCGGUGUAAAAGAUGGCCCGGUGUCCGAAUACGGCAUCACCUUCCAGACCCACAUCGUCGACAAUUUUGGCGUGUCCUUCGGCAGGGAGGGCGAGACCAUGAGCUUGGGGUGCACGGUCAUCAUCUACCCGACCUUGCACCGCUACCAGCCUGACGUGCAGUGGUUCAGAGAUGGCAUUCUCCUGUCCCCGUCCAAGUGGAACCACAUGCACUGGAGCGGAGACCGUGCUACGUUGACUCUCACGCACCUAAACAAAGAGGACGAAGGGCUCUACACCCUGCGCGUUAGCACCAAGUCGGGAUACAAAACCUACUCCGCCUAUGUCUUUGUGAGAGAUGCUGAUGCUGAGGUGGAAGGAGCACCGGGGGCCCCCUUGGAUGUAUGCUGUCUCGACGCCAACAAGGACUACAUCAUUGUCUCCUGGAAGCAGCCAGCGGUGGACGGUGGCAACUCCAUCUUGGGUUACUUUGUGGACAGGUGUGAGGUGGGGACAACCCACUGGAUCCAAUGCAACGACACUCCUGUCAAGUUUGCCCGAUUCCCUGUCACCGGAUUGGUCGAAGGUCGCUCUUAUACCUUCCGAGUACGUGCCGUCAACAAGUGUGGCAUGAGCCGUCCUUCCAGAGUGUCCGAACCAGUGGCUGCCAUGGACCCGGCUGACCGCGCCCGCAUGAGAGGUACCUCUGCUCCUUGGACUGGUCAGAUCAUCGUCACAGAGGAGGAACCUGCAGAGGGUAUCGUUCCUGGUAGACCUCGUGAACUGCAAGUGACAGAAGCAACUAAGAACUACUUGGUCCUAAGCUGGAAACCACCUUGCGAGAAAGGCCUGGAAGGUGUCAUGUACUAUGUGGAGAAGUGUGUUUCGGGUACAGACAGCUGGCAGAGAGUGAAUACAGAGAUCCCUGUUAAAUCGCCUCGUUUCGCACUGUUUGACCUGGCUGAAGGAAAUUCCUACUGCUUCCGUGUCCGAUGCUGCAACGCCGCUGGUGUCGGUGAGCCAUCUGAUCCCACUGAGGCUACCACAGUUGGCGACAAGCUCGACACUCCAUCUGCUCCGAGCAAAGUUGUCCCAACAAGGAACACAGAUACAUCGGUGGUGGUAUCCUGGGAAGCGUCACGUGAUGCCAAAGAGUUGGUUGGCUAUUAUAUCGAGGCGAGCAUUUUUGGCAGCAAUGUCUGGGAGCCGUGCAACAACAAACCUGUCAACGUGACCAGGUUUAUCUGUCACGGUCUGAUGACUGGAGAGAAGUACGUGUUCAGAGUGCGGGCUGUGAACGCCGCAGGACUAAGUCAGUUCUCUCAGGAAUCGGAGCCUGUAGAGGUUAAAGCUGCAAUUGGGGGCGGCAUCCCUCACGCAUCUCCUACGCCCCCAUUCGGCAUCAGUGUCUUGGAAUGCGUUCGCGACUCCAUGGUGCUAGCAUGGAAGCAGCCGACCUUCAUCGGAGGCGCCGAUAUCACCGGCUACUUUGUGGAUUACCGUGAAGUCGUCGACGGCGUGCCGGGAAAGUGGCACGAGGCUAACAUCAGGGCUGUUGCUGAGCGCGCCUACAGGGUAACUGACCUGAAGGAGAACAACAAGUACCAAUUCCAGGUUCGGGCAGCCAACAUGGCAGGAGUUGGAAUCCCGUCGCUUCCUAGUGAUACGUUUCUGUGCGAGGAGUGGACCAUUGCUGUUCCAGGACCUCCUCACGAUCUCCAACUGCGAGAGGUGCGAUCCGACUCCAUGGUGUUACUGUGGAAGACUCCGGUGUAUCAGGGCCGGGACCCUGUCAAUGGCUUCUACGUGGACGUUAAGGAGGCCGAAGCCCCAGAGGAAGCCUGGAGAGGACUUAACACCAAGCCUACGCAGAACACCUUCUUCAAGGUGAAGAAUCUGAAGGAAAAUGAGUCAUACGUGUUCCGAGUGCGAGCUCAGAAUCAGGCUGGAGUGGGGAAAACCUCGGACAUCUCCGAGCCGGUCCAAGCAGUGACCAAGCCAGGCACCAAAGAGAUCGUAGUGGACGUAGAUGACGACGGCGUCAUCUCUCUCAACUUCGAAUGCGCCAACAUGACUCCCGACUCGAAAUUUGUGUGGUCUAAGAACUACGAGGACAUGGAUGAUUCGUCACGCUUGACCAUGGAGACCAAAGGGAACAAGUCCAAAAUCACUUUCAACUCACCUGGAGAGGAAGACAUCGGGAUUUAUUCCUGUCUGGUUACCCACACUGAUGGUACCUCAUCAAGUUAUGACAUCUCACCCGAAGAGUUGAAGAGGCUCCUGGAGAUCAGCCAUGAUCACAAGUUCCCCAAGAUUCCUCUCAAGUCCGAUUUAGCCGUGGAGAUGCUAGAAAAGGGCAGAGUUCGCUUCUGGCUGCAGGCUGAAAAAAUUUCAGCUAACGCCAACGUGGACUACGUGUUCAACGACAACGUGGUGUCUCAGGGCGAGAAAUACAAGAUGAACUUUGAUAAGAACACCGGAGUGGUUGAGAUGAUUAUGGAGUCUCUGAUGCCUGAGGAUGAAGGCACCUUCACCUUCCAGAUGCAAGAUGGAAAAGCCACCAAUCAGUCCAGCUUGGUUCUCAUAGGCGACGUGUUCAAGGAGCUUCAGAAAGAAUCCGAGUUCCAGAGGAAAGAAUGGUUCAGAAAACAAGGUCCUCACUUUAUUGAGUAUCUGAGCUACGAGGUGACUCCAGAAUGUUGCGUGGUCCUAAAAUGCAAGGUUGGAAACAUGAAGAAGGAAACCUCUGCACUGUGGUACAAGGAUGGACGGGAGAUCAAGGCGGAUGAAAAUCUGGGCUUUGCAGAGGGUGUCCUCAAACUAGAAAUCGCUCAGAUUUCCAAGAAGGACGCCGGCGUGUACGAGAUGGUCCUGAAGGAUGAUCGAGGAAAAGAUACAUCCACGUUAGAUCUAACUGACCAAUGUUUCAAAGACCUGAUGAAUGAAGUCUUCAACUACAUCGCUAAUUCAUCCACACCGCUGAAGAUCACUAGCACAGAUCAAGGAAUUCGCAUCUACACCUUCGUCAGCUACUACAACGACCUUCUACCGGUCACAUGGCAUUACAAGGACUCUGCCAUCGCUUUCUCGGACCGUUUGAAGAGCGGCGUGGUGGGCGACCAGUUGUGGCUGCAGAUUAGCGAGCCCACCGAGAAGGACAUGGGCAAGUACGCCAUUGAGUUCAACAUCAACGACACCAGGGGCGGAUUGAAAAGGACCAUUGAGCUGUCGGGUCAAGCGUAUGAGGAUGCUUUGGCAGAAUUCAAGAGACUGAAGGCAGCUGCUGUUGCAGAAAAAAAUCGCGCUCGAGUGGCAGGAGGUCUUCCUGACGUGGUCACCAUCCAGGAGGGCAAGGCGCUCAACCUCACCUGCAACAUCUCAGGCGAUCCGCUGCCUCAGGUCACGUGGCUGAAGAACGACAAAGAGCUGACGUCGGACGAGCACUGCAUCCUACGCGUGGAGUCGGCCAAGUUCGCCAGCUUCACCAUCACGGCGGUCAGCACGGCCGACACGGGCAAAUACAGCAUCCUGGUGAAGAACAAGCAUGGCACCGAGAGUGCCGAAUUCACCCUUGACGUGGUAGAAGGAACGCCCGAUCUGGGCGUGACUUCUUACUGGACCGACGCUGAAGGUAACGUGGUGUUUGGUGCCAACACACCAAAGGAAAAGAUGAAAACGAGCGUUACUGGAAUAAGAAAAGAAUCCGUACCUUCAGUGGAGAAGAUGAACGACUUUACGGAGAACCCAGAAGAAAGCGAAAACACUGUUGAAGAGGAUAAUGAUGACCCAAUUGAAAUUGAACUAGAUAACAAAACAAAGUGACAAAAAUUAUGAGUGGUGUGUUGUUAAGACACAGUGGAGUUAUCGCAUUUAUAUUCAUAUUAACCGAAUAUUAUUUGCUAUAUGAGUGUUUUGAGUUAGGAGUGUUGCACCGAUUUCUUGGCUUACAAUACCGAUGUACCGAUGAAAUGUAUGGUAUUGGUGCCAAAACUGUAUCGAUACCAAGUUUUUUUUUGUUUUUUUUUUAAACAUCGUUUUUUUUUCUUUUAGUACUAAAUUACUCCAUACUCACUUGACUGUAAAUUAAUUGCUUGGUCAGAAACUACUUAACUCAUUGUUUGCCAUUGACGGCGUUAGCACAUUCGUUCAUUGUCAGCUUUCCACUUCAAAUGGAUUAGAUGUCUACGAGUGAUAAACUCAUUGAAAUUCAAAGCAGAAAGAUGAUUGGACAAGCACAUAUUUGGAUGUUUAUCGUCAUUUUGGCAGGAGCGACAAGUGCUCCAUUUUUUACGGUGGCCAUCUUUGAUAGGGCAGCCGGUGGCUGGAAACUCGAUCUCAAAAAGUACAUACAGUAUAGUACAGUGGUACCUCGACAUACAAUCACUUCAACACACGAGUUUUUCGACAUCCGACCUUAAAUUUGACUCGCCAUUGGUUUCUACAUCCGACGAAAUGCUCGAAAUACGACGAUUUAUGACAGUCGCAAAUUCAUUGUUUUCCCGCAAAACGGACAGACGGCAGAUUUUCUUGUGAGGGAAAUCAUCAUGGGUUCCAAGAAUGUAAAGCAGGUGGUGAAAAAGGAGAAAAGAUGAAGCUUACCAAUGAAAAGAUACGAGCGUAGGGUGGGGCAGCUUUGUCAGGUUUUUAAACAUUUAUUUCAAAACUUGUGCAAAACAACACGCCAACUGGCAGCAACAACAGGACGUAAAAAGUGAAAGUAAUAUCUCAACUGCAUUCUCUCACUCUGUCGUCAGCCCCGCGGUGCAUUCAGGUACACCCCACAAAAUACAAUUGCCACAUUAGAACCUGAUUUGUUACAUUAUUACAGGUAUUAUUAUUAUUAUUAUUAUUAUAUUAUUAUUCCGCUUUUUAUUCAUAAUGUAUUUGUUCUAGGGCUGUCAAACGAUUAAAUUUUUUUAUUAGAGUUAAUCACAGCUUAUAAAUUAAUUAAUCGUAAUUAAUCGCAAUUCAAACCAUCUAUAAAAUAUGCCAUACAGUAUUUUUCUGUAAAUUAUUGUUGGAAUGGAAAGAUAAGACACCAGACGGAUAUAUACAUUCAACAUAAUGUACAUAAGUACUGUAUUUGUUUACUAUAAAUCAACAAGAUGGCAUUAACAUUAAUAUUCUGUUAAAGCGAUCCAUGGAUAGAAAGACUUGUAGUUCUUAAAAGAUAAAUGUUAGAACAAGUUAUAGAAAUUUUAUAUUAAAACCCCUCUUAAUGUUUUCGUUUUAAUAAAAUUUGUAAAAUUUUCAAUCAGAAAAUAAACUAGUACCAUUGUUGAUGUCAAUAAUUACUCAAUGCUCAUGGUGCUUAAACCCAUAAAAUCAGUCGCACCAAAGCGCCAGCAGAGGGAGACAAAAAACACAAGUGACAAGUGGACAUGGCACUGUGCUGUCAUUUUAAUCUGUUUGAGCGGGGCAUGUGCGUUAAUUGCCUCAAAUAUUUUAACGUGAUUAAUUUAUAAAAUUAAUUACCGCCUGUUAACGCAAUAAUUUUGACAGCCCUAAUUUGUUCUGCUCUUUGUAAUUGCUAUUUGCAACAGUAAUAGCAGUAUUUAUUCAGGAUUUAGUGUAGGUUUUCGGGCUGUGGGACGAAUUAAUGGAAUUAUAAUGUUUUCUUACAGGGGAAUCCUGCUAGACAUGCAACCAUGUGGACUUACAAACAAGGUCCUGGAACGAAUUAACUUCAUAUGUAGAGAUACCACUGUAUUUCACAGUAUCGGCAAGUUAUUUCUUAGUAUUCCCUAGUACUGAUGUCGUCAUUUUACUGCCAUAUCACUGACAUGCUAGGUAUGAUCACAGCCAUGGAAUGAAUUGAACUGGUAUUUCUUUUAUGCGAACAUAUCUGUUUUUCAACUUUUUUAUAUGAUUUUUAUUGAUUGCAUUCACAGUUUGCCUUUUUUU